GGCCGCCAGGUGGCGACCCUUGAGGGGGGGGUGGUGUCAGGACUCAGCUGGCAGGGCCAUGCAGCCUGUUGCCAUCUUUGCUUCGUCCACAGGUGUUCGUGGUUGGCUGGUGAGCGGAGUAGACGCACCUGCAGCUCGUCAGCAGCACCGGAGCUGCACUAUAAGAUCUGCACUCGGACAACGGGUGGAUGCCUGAGUGUUACCGUUGUGGUACCUCCUCGUGCUCCUUCGUCCUUCUUCAAGCUCCUCAGUCCUCCUCGAGUCACCUUCUGGGAUUCCCUCGUUCCUCUCGAGUGGAGCCUAGCUUCGCGGACGAGACGCACUUCCAACGACCCCCAGGUUCCAUCCGUUGUCCUGGAUUCUCCGGUGCUGCUCGGACCUCUCGCCACGCUCUCAGCCGCCCGGACACCUACGACCAACAUCCAGCUGAGUCCACACUGCCGUCCUCCCCGGUCAGGUUUCUAGCACCUCGUGAUCGACCUGGUUCCCUGCCGCCCGAGUUCCUGCCCGAGUUCCUUCCAGCCCGCAGAUUAGCUUCGCCGCCUAGCAUUCUUGCCUGUAUACGGGAAAGCAAGUGCGUUCGGGCAGCCAGACCGACGGCGCCGGUUAAAGACAGUGCGGGACGGAAACAUAAAGGGGAGGUUGGUGAAGACAUGAAUUCACAGAGAAAAGCGACAGAGGCCAGCACAGUCACAAACCCUGCUGUCCGUCUGAAAACGAUCCCAGUCAGCACCGGUGGGAAUAUGGCCCCCAACGCAAUCCCAACCCUCACGUACACAACCCUUUGCAGGUCUUUCCCCAAAGCCGCUGAUAUGGAGGUUUUGGUAAUAGCCAUGCUGAUUGUGUGA